AUGGGAGCCACAUCCAGAGUUCUCCUCGUCCUAUGCCGUCUAGGCGAACUCGUCUGCGGAGCCGUCGUUCUCGGUCUUCUGGGGCAGGCCUUCUCCUUGAUCAACGACGCCGGCGUGCUCGAGCCCGAGGGACGACUGAUCUACACCGCUGUCGUGGCCUCUCUGACGAUACUUGACUCGUUAAUAUUCAUCGUCCUGUUUGCGUACUCGUACUGGUCAUUUUUACUGGACUUUAUCCUGUUUGUCCUGUGGAUUGUGGCUUUUGGGCUGCUCGAGUCGCUUACCGGCAUCCACACCUGCUCCUCCUUCUGGUUUAACAACUACUGGGGUUAUUACUGGGGCAGGUGGUAUGUCCGCGGGCCACCUGGCAUGGACAUCAACUGGACGGGCUGCAACGCGUGGAGGACGGUCUUGGCCUUCAGCUUCAUCGCCUCGAUGAUUUACCUUGCCAAUGGCUUCUUGGUGAGUGCCUCCUACCUACCUACUUUUCGCUGCCUUGUCUCGCACGCUGACUGA